CUGCAAGAGAUGGACGAUUCACACUCUGGAAGUGGUCAAAGCUGCGAAUGCAUGCACUUUGGAACAGCAUUUGAGGUACAUGCAGACUCCGGAAGAGCCAGAUGCGGCUGAGGCUUUGUGUAUCCCUCGACCAGGACAAUGACAACUGCAUACCAAGAUGCUAUGUUGCGCCAAGGAAGAGCCAAAGCAACCUCUAUGGGCACACACGACGUGCGUCUACAAGAGACACAAGGCUUUCUUCUGUAUGUGUAGGUAGAUUCCGUCAAUGCUCUGUCGCAGAUUAUCUACAACCAGAGAUUGAAUCAAACGCCGUUAUUGCUUGCAAGCAAUCGUCAUGCCGAGUAACGAUUGCUACCAAAGCUUCCAAAAACUUUCUUGGUCUUCUCCCAUCUGUUUUUUCGACGGUCUUUGUUGUGGUGGUGAAAUGCUAUGGACUGGUUCAGAUCUUAUCACCGUCUUCCCUCUCUCACGAACAUAGCUCGCCAAUUGAGCCCACACAGCGAAGUCGAGGAAGGUCUGGAAUUCGGCCCCUCUGACAAACUUCGAAAGCUGGUAAAUUCGCAGACCUGUCUCGCCGCUUUGCCGAGUUUG